CCACACGGGUGAAACGCGCAUCUGAACGGCAAUUACGGAUUUUCUACCUCCCAAACUGGCAACCUGCGUGUUGUUGAGGGGGAGGCGCUAGUUCGCAGUAGUUUCUGGAAAGGAACCUCAUGCGUGCACCAUGGAGAAAGCUUCAGCAUUGAAAGACCAGGGAAACAAGGCGCUGAGUGCUGGAAAUGUCGAUGAGGCUAUACGCUGCUACACUGAAGCCUUGACUCUCGACCCAUCCAACCAUGUCCUGUUCAGUAACCGCUCAGCUGCCUAUGCCAAGAAAGGCAGCUAUGAGAAUGCUCUCCAGGAUGCCUGUCAGACUAUCAAGAUCAAGCCUGAUUGGGGGAAGGGCUACUCCCGCAAAGCUGCAGCGUUGGAAUUUCUUGGCCGAUUGGAGGAUGCUAGACUAACUUACCAGGAAGGACUCCGACAAGAGCCGAGUAAUCAGCAGCUAAAGGAGGGGCUGCAGAACAUUGAGGCCAGGCUUGCAGACUUUUCUUCACCAGAGAAAACGAUGAUGAACCCCUUCGCCAUGCCCAACUUGUAUCAGAAGCUGGAGAAUGAUCCUCGGACCCGUGAGCUGCUGGCAGAUCCCAGCUACAGAGAACUACUAGAGCAGCUCAAGAGUAAACCAUCUGAGCUUGGCACGAAGCUGCAGGAUCCCAGAGUGAUGACUACACUCUCUGUGCUGCUUGGACUAAACCUCUCUGAGAUGGAGGAGGAUGAAGAGCCAACUCCUGCUCCUCCUCCCCCCAAACCCAAAGAGACUCAGCCACCUCCUCCCAAAGAGGAAGACCUCCCUGAAAACAAGAGAAAAGCCUUGAAGGAAAAAGAGCUUGGGAAUACUGCAUAUAAGAAUAAAGACUUUGAAACGGCACUGAAACAUUAUGAAGAAGCAAUUAAACAUGACCCAACCAACAUGACUUAUCUAUCUAAUCAAGCAGCUGUGUACUUUGAGAAGGGAGAUUUUGAGAAGUGCCGGGAGCUGUGUGAGAAAGCCAUUGAUGUUGGCAGAGAGAACCGAGAAGACUACAGACAAAUUGCAAAGGCCCUGGCUCGAAUUGGCAACUCGUACUUCAAGCAGGAAAAGUACAAAGAAGCAAUUCAGUAUUUCAACAAGAGUUUAACGGAGCACCGCACUCCUGAUGUGUUGAAGAAGUGUCAGCAGGCAGAGAAGAUAUUGAAGGAACAGGAGAAACUAGCCUAUAUCGACCCAGAGCUGGCCCUGGAAGAGAAGAACAAGGGCAACGAUGCCUUCCAGAAAGGAGACUACCCCUUAGCCAUGAAACAUUACACCGAGGCCAUCAAGAGAAACCCCAAUGAUGCCAAACUCUUCAGUAACAGAGCGGCCUGCUACACAAAGCUGCUGGAGUUUCAGCUUGCCCUGAAGGAUUGUGAAGAGUGCAUCAAACUGGAGCCCACCUUCAUAAAGGGCUACACACGUAAAGGAGCUGCUCUGGAGGCCAUGAAAGAAUAUUCUAAAGCUAUGGAUGCAUACCAGAAGGCUCUAGAGCUCGAAUCUUCCUCAAAGGAAGCCUCAGAAGGCAUACAGCGCUGCAUGGUUAGUCAGGCCAUGAGGAAUGACAGCCCUGAGGAAGUGAAGAAAAGGGCCAUGGCUGAUCCGGAGGUGCAGCAGAUUAUGACUGACCCAGCCAUGCGCAUGAUCCUUGAGCAAAUGCAGAAGGACCCGCAGGCACUUAGCGACCAUUUAAAGAAUCCAGUUAUUGCUCAGAAGAUACAGAAACUUAUCGAUGUUGGACUGAUAGCCAUUCGUUGAUGGGAGACAAGAGCCAUGCGUGUGAAGAAACUCCAGAACAGUGGAUUAACAUGCAGACCCCUCCAAAAUAAAACAUCCUCUUUUUUUUUCUUUUUUUUUUUUUUUCUUGCCUUCAAAUCCAACAUAUUAUCUCCUUGUUCUCACUAAGACUGUGUAUUUUUUUUUUUUUAAAUCAGUUUCACAACUUUAAAAAUUGUAUUGAAGAAAGCAUCUCGUAUGUCAUCUGUAAAGCUUCAGACUCCAGAUAACUUAGAUUCACGUGUACAGGUGUUUUAAUACAUCUAAAAAAAUAAGAUACUCGAGUACACCAUUAUGUUCAGUGUUUAAAGGGCAAAUCCAUCCUAAAGCCGUUCUCAUAUUCCUAGUGGUUCAUGGUUUAAAGACAGAGCAGAAAAGAGAAGACUUCAAAUCACUCCAAAUAAAGGUUGUAAUUUUCAGUU